AUGCGCGCGUACAUUGAGAGUCGGCAGGUCCCAACAUCCACCCUAGAUGAAUUCGAUUACUUGAUCCAGCUACCAACAAAAGGCAAGGAAAAAGAACAUGAUCCGCUCCGGGCGCUCUUGCGUGCCAUUCACGACGACACUCUUGGCCUUGUCGACAUCAUUCGAGUCUCCCUGCAGCGUAUCCGCGAGGGCACGUUAGACGAGGACUUGAUGCAAAAGCGAGUUACUUUCUGGAGGAGCCUAUUGUACCAAAUGAACUUCAGCCUUGCGGAGUUUGAUCAACAGCUGCAAGAAUUUGUUCACUUUGCCUACGAGCCUGAGACGCACCCUCUCUCGGGCGAGCAGCGCAGCGAUCUACCCUCUGAGAAACUAGCGAAAGCCACUCGACAAACGCUGCGCAGCUGCAUGGAUCUCAUCGACAGCUCGUCCGACUCGUUACGCGCGGAAAUGCAAAUCGUAGACAGCCGACGAAGCAUCGCAGAAGCCGAAAGCAUCUCCAAGCUCACCGAACUGGCAUUCGUCUUCAUCCCUCUAUCCUUCGUGGCAAGUCUCUUCAGCAUGCAAGUCCAUGAGCUCGAAGGAGGAGUGCCGUUGUACAAGUUUGUGCUUGUAGCGAUUGCCUUUGUGGUCGUAGCGUACGCGGUACGCUUAAGCAUCCGGAGCUCACGCCUCGUCGAAUACAAGAAUAAUACGCUGAAUCAAAUCCGCGAAGAAGCGAACCUUCCUUACAACGAACCGAUCCCUACGCAUACCUUCCUUGCAUGGUUUGGCACAGCUACAAGCGGGACAGGCUUUAGGAUCACGAAGAGAUCCAUUGAAGUCUUCGCGCCCCUGAUUCUCAUCUUGGCAUUUAUCGCGGCCAUUUUGAGUCCCAUCGUCCUGCUCUGGCUCCGCGAAAUCGAUAAAGGAUUUUCAGCUGUAAUUACUGCGCUGCUCUUGCUACUGGAUAUGUUACUUGUUUAUCCCGUCAUGACAAAUGCUUCUGGGGAAUUUGAAUUCGAUCCUAAGGCGAUCAUUCGGGAGAUACAGAGAAAUCUUGAGGCUAAUCGGAAAAAAAGAGAAAAAGCGAAAAAGAAGAUGCUGAAGAAGAAGGCGGCAGUUGAUCCAGAGUCACAGGGCGUGGAGGGCAGUGAUAGUAGUGAUGAUGGAGAAGUUGGAGAAGUUGGAGAAGAUGGGGGAGAUGGAGAAGAUGGAGAUGAUGGAGAUGAUGGAGAUGAUGGAGAUGAUGGGGAAGAUGGAGAUGAUCGGGAUGAUGGAGAUUAUUCGAUAUGA